CUUAACAUUGUUGUGAUGUUGGGCCUCAUGUUGAAUUAGCUUGAACGAGUCUCUCGAUCGGGAUGUUGGCAAGUUGUCUUCUACUUUUGUAAUAAAAUGGCAGCGCUUAAAUUCUGUUUAAUUUGUUCCAUUCCAACUGCGUGAGCCCGUACGACGGAUGGUCAGUGCACUGUCAGUGCAAGUUCGCUACCAUCUAGCACAGUCAUAAUUUGUUAGUUUUGAAAUAUGAUUGCAACUCGACAUUUUUGUUCAAAUGUAUCUCGUAGCUUUCGCGCUCUUAUAACUGGGGCUCCGGGGUCAGGGAAAGGGACUAUUUCAUCUAGAAUUGCUCGUGAUUUUGGUCUGGUUCACUUGUCAAGUGGAGAUGUUCUACGUCUGCAUGUCAAGCAGGGCUCCCAACUUGGAGUCGAGGCCAAGGAUUAUAUUGAUCAAGGAGCAUUAGUACCAGAUGAUCUGAUGGUAGAACUUAUGACUAGUGAAAUAGAACGACUUUCAAAUAAACGCUGGUUAUUGGAUGGUAGGUGAAAGGAGUUUUCCAAUAACUGGACUAAUUAAUACCUGUAAUAUUAAAUCCUCUAUAGGUGAUAUGUGGUUAAUAGCACUUUUUUCCAUCCAGCAAACCGCCCUAUCGAUAUUCUAAAGUCGGUUUUUAAAAAAUUUUUUUAUUAAUUCGGUUAGGGCCAGACUGCAAACUUUGGAAAUUGCGCGCGGAAGAUUUCGAAAAUUUAAUAGUAAAUAUAUAGAAAGCAUAAAAAAUGCGUGCGGAAGUUCUUCCGCGCACGGUGGAGAAAAGAGGGCCCCCUAUACGUUUUGCGUGAAGGGCUUAUUUUACUUAGCCGUGAAACGUGAUCGAUGAUUUUCUUAAUCCGUGACUUGUGAAAAGGCAAAAUAUUUUUACGUGAAAGCAUAUUGUGAAGAGGUAUAGGGGGCCCUCAGAAAAUGCAGUCUGGAGUUAGGGUUGUGGUUAGGGUUAGGGGUUAGAAUAGGGGUAGGGUUUGGGUUAGUUACAUAGCCAUUUAACACAUCUUCCGAAAAUGACGUCAGGUCAGUUUGCUGGAUGGAAAAUAGUGCUAACCGUGAUAUGUGCAACCAAUCCCAGUGCCAUAUGGGAUUCAAAGGACAAAGAGAUUUUUGCCAUGUUGGAUGAUAUUUGGAUUGCAAACAAGCAAAAUCCUUAAUGUCAAUGUCAUCAUCCAACAUGGUGACAGUGACAUAACUUGCACACCACCUAUUGAGGCUAUUGACAGACCCCCCCCCUCCCCCCCAUUUCAGCCAUUUUUAGGGGGCCUGUUAAUAGAGGAGGGAAUAAAUAGGGAGGAAGGGUCCAAAAUACAUUUCUAAUAAUACAAUAGAACACAAUAAAACAUUGCAAUGUUUACUGAAAAUGGUCAACAUUGCAUUGUAUGCAGAGUACAGUACAUCAAACAUUGGAAUGAAAACUGAAUUUAAACAAUAAACAUUACAAUGUAUAGCUAAAUUACUGGUCAACAUAAUGUAUACAGCAACAUACCAGGUUGGAAUCCACUGGUAAUACACUGGAUAUCUCUGGUGUAAAAUGUUCUCUUGAUAUUUCACAUCAGUGGCUAGGGAUGUGCCGGAUACCGAUAUCCGGUAAAAUUUAGACAUCCAGCGCUAUCCGGUAUAAAUUUGCCGGAUAUUUACCGGAUAGUACUGUAAGAUAUUUUGUUACAACCAUGAAACGGAAAAGUUUACUUGGCGUUUAAAACGAACAAUUACUGAGCGUGAAACACGAACAAUUACUGAGCGUGCGCUGCAUUACGACAAAAUUACGACAUAUUUUUUUCAUGAUGGUGAUGUGAACUGCUCGUUCGACAAUAGCAGUGAAUUUUAUAUACUGAAUACCACUAAACAAUGUAAGGUGAAUCAUAAGAUAUGGCCUUGGUAAAGACAAAUAGGUCAAAGAGACAAAAAACUCUUGAAGUUAUUGUAUUAAACACAUUGCCACAUUGGACUAGUUAAUUAAACUAUAAAAAUGUUGUGUUUCUAAUAAAUUGUUGUAUGGUAGUAUCUGGUUAUUAUCCGGUUAUUAUCUGGUAUCCGGUCAUCAUUUUCUCCUGACCGGUAUCUGGUAGACUACUAUCUGGUACUAUCCGGCAAAACAGUAUCCGGCACAUCCCUACCAGUGGCAUGUAAUCUUGAUUGAUAUUAGCUUUCUAUCAUGUACUGCUGUAAGCUUAUUGACAUAACCUCCAGAUUCCAACCUGCACAACAAUAUAUUGCAAUGUAUAGGUAAUGUAAAUUAAUUUAAUGGUCAUUGUGCAUUAGACAUUCAGUUUAUAAAUUUACCUCAACUAUAGUUAUAGAAUCCAUAGAACAGCAGUGCACCAAAAAGAAUUAUUAUAAUAAAUUAUUGAUAAAUAGGAAGAGGAAAUUGAAAGACAAAUAUUCCACAGUACAGUAUGUCAACAAUGCAAACUUCAUCCAUUAUAAACAGGGUUUGUACGGGUCCUGGAAAACCUGGAAAGUCAUGGAAUUUCAAUGUUCCAAAAUCCAGGCCUGGAAAUCAAUUAUUUAGUGAUCAGGUGCAUGUACUGUAGUACCAUCACAAACAACAAUGCAUGCUACACUGCAUUGCAUGCAUAGGCAUAGCAUAAAACACAAAUUUGCAUGCAUGCAUAUGACAUGUAUGCAGGGUUUAAAAUAGCAGCUGGCUGUCAGCUGUCGCCAGCAUUCUCAUAUUUCUAGCCAGUGACUUUUAAAGUAGAAAUGCACAGCAAGUUUCUCCAUAAUCCAUUAAGCUUUAUGAUAAAUUUAUAGGUUUUUAAUUAAAAAGAUUCUGUCUUGACAUAAAACAUGGGAACAGUGGAAAUCAUUUCCGAGUAUAAUUCAUAUAAAAGAGCCACGCAUAAUUUAUACAAUCUAUUUUUACUGCCAAUUUGUAUUUUUUCUCAAACUUGAAAUUGAAUUAUCAGUGUCCUUGGUAUUAAAAGGCAUGCAGUCUCUUUUCAUGGGUGGGUAUUUUCUGCAUAUUAGUGGUAUUCAUGUUUGGCAUAUCGGAGCCUGAAACCUGAAAAAAAUUGCCGGUACAAAAAGGUACAUGUACCAAACAGCUGACAAAUAUAUCUAUAUUCAAAAUAGUUAUUUUAAACGCUGGAAAAUGCACGUUUUGUGCAUACAAAUGUACAUGUGGCAUGCAUGCCUUUUUUGGAAGGGAUUUUACCACCCAAAAGUAGUCAAACCCGCGCUCCCCCAUCCUAUAAGUAGUGCCCUCCUCUUCACUUGAAAAUGCCCCCAACAAAAACCGAAAGUAAGGGGCCUGCUACUUUUGUUAAUCCCAGAAACAGUUAAGUUGGUUUGUUGCUUUGAGAGGCCCUUGUCCAGAGCAAGUCUAGUAUAGGUAUUUCCAUGUUCUGUAUACUCAAAAGCAGUACUCGUGAAUUUCAAAGGUCAUUACCCGAUAAGAGCCAAACAUUUGAUAGUCUCUCAUAUAGACAAUAAUGUCGAUGUAAAAUACAGUGUAGUCUGAGUUUCUUAAAACAGUAUGUGCCUCCUCAAUUUCUCUAAGACUAAAUAAUUCUUAAGAAAAUUCCUUAUGAGUUAUGACCAGUGCUAGCUGUCAUGUUUACUCUCGAUGUUUAUACACAGUGUGUCACACACAGGGCUGACAUAUGACAAAUAUGCCAACCUGGUCCCAGGUGUAGGAAAAUAUGGAUGCAUUAUUAAUAAAAAUAUAUGGAGGGGGCAGGGGAAACCCAGUUAGGUCUUAUCUUGAUUUCUAUAUAAUGUAUGUUGCAGGCUUUCCCAGAACAAUUGAACAAGCGAAACAAUUGAAUGCAAAACAAAAGUUUGAUAUAGUCAUUAAUCUAGAUGUACCAUUCAGUGAAAUUAAGCGAAGAGUUGAGGUUUGUUCAAUGAAAUUACUUUUAGAAAUCUACUGUCUGUUAGGGAACUGUAACAAUAGUGAGCUUAAGCAAGUGAUGUUUUUGUCAACACGGACGUCACCCAAAAAUUGAUAUAACUAAUUUUGGCGGCAUUUUACAUCAUGGCGCUCGUGUAUAAGGAGGCAAACAACUUUAAAAAUCUUCUGUUUUGUCAAAUGUGUUGAAGACUAACAAACUGACCCAAACACAGUUUUUUAUCCAGUGCCCCCUCGGCAAUCUGAUGCCCGUGUUGACAAAAACGUUGCUUGCUUAAGCCCGUUCUCCACCAGGCGAAUUUUUUCGCGCGACGCGAAGCGAAAAAUAAAUCUUGGCAAUGUGAUUGGUCAGCGAAAAAAUUCGCCGCGAAAAAGUUGGAUCAGUUCCUACUUUUUUACUGUUCGCGCGAACAAAUUCGCCUAGUGGAGAACGGGCUUUAAGCUCCCUAAUAUGAAAUACAGCUUUUAACAUUAACAGAACAAUUAAUAAGGUUGUAAACCAGAGAAUUGGUACUUUAAUCAUUUCUUAAUGACUUAAAGGUCCACAAUACCUAUCACACUGUACGGAGUAUAUAGGGGUAUCUGUUUUGGUUACUGAAAAUUUUGGAGUUGAUUGGUUGAUGAUUAGACUUUCCAAAGACUUCGCUGUGGGUUCUCCCUCCGCCAGGCGUGGCCUGUUCUGUGCCGAAAUUGGGUAUUUGUUUUAAUGAUAAGGGUAUACUGUACAUAUUUUGUCUAACUUGAAAAAUAUGGAUGUAGUGGUUAAUUCUUUUUGUAACCAAGAGAGAAGUUUGGUGUCGAGAAUUUUAAGCAUAAUUUACUGCAUGUAUAAAGUUUUCAAAGUAAAUUAUGCCAUAACAAUGUCAAUGAUAAUCACCAGCACCAUGUUCCAAAAUUCUAUAAUUAUAAUUCGAAAAUUUCGGUUCGUUACUACUCUGACCAAACUACAGUUCUCAAAUAUUAUUAAUUAAAUUUAAGUUUAUAUGAGUAACACAACUAGGUAUAGAAAGCAAAAUUUUAAUUAAGAACGCGUAUAACGUCUCAAGCUCAGAACUACCUUUUCAUUAUAAUACUAAGCACCUUUUCCCUUAAUCGUGAAUGUAACCAUACUUUGGUCUUUGAGUGAACUUGCAGUAAGGUAAUGUACCGUUCAUCUUGUAUUUUCACCUAACAAUUUCAGCAAAGGUAUGUUCAUCUCAGCAGUGGACGUGUGUAUCAUCUCGAGUGGAAUCCUCCUAAGAAACCUGUAAGUUCUGUGAUUGUAUGGGGUUGUGUGGGCAAGGUGGUACAGUACAUAAUACUAUAUAGUAUUUAAUUUUGUGUAUUACCACCUCCUAUUGAAUAUAAAAAGAAGAAACGGAUCGCAAUAUAAUUAUACAGGGUGUAUAAAAAAAACGCAUGAACAGAUAUGAAAUUGCUCUCAAUUUCGCAAAACGGCUCUUGGUAUAUCACGUUUUUGUUAUAUAUAGAUAUAUAGAUAUAUAGAUAUAUAGAUAUAUAGAUAUAUAGAUAUAUAGAUAUAUAGAUAUAUAGAUAUAUAGAUAUAUUUAGGGGCUUCGGUGGCGAAGUGGUUAGCGCACUAGUGAGAACUUCUCAAUGUGACUCGAACCCAGUCCUCAUGUGAAAAAGAGUAAAAGUCAACGCUCUGCCGAAUGUCGUGGGUUUUCUCCGGGUACUCCGUGUUUCCUCCCACAGGGAAAGUUGACAGGGUGGGUUAGGCACAUAGGAUAUGUCUGGAGGCAGAUCAUUAAUGAGGUAUGGACUAAUAGCGGCUGCUCAAGCGCCAUUUGUAAGCUCAAAGUCUACCUCGGUCUGCUUCACGUCAGUCCGGUUCAAUCUAUCUAUUCAUAAUGUAACCAGUCACUGAAAAGCCCUGAUAGGGAGUGUGCUGUGAAAUAUCUGUAUCUGUGUAUAUAUAUAUAUAUAUAUAUAUAUAUAUAUAUAUAUAUAUAUAUAUAUAUAUUCGACAAUUCAAUGCACUGCAUCUCGUGGAUUGCUGACCAGAUAAAUCGAAAUCGAAGUCUGGUCGCUCCAGAAGAGCUGUGGUACGAAGAGUUUAGCAGCCACAGCAGUCUCGUACCUUCGCUCAUUUCCGGUGCUCAGUGGACAAGGAGCGACAUCGUCCAAAUUACCGAGGCAGAUCUUGAGCCUGCACAAAAUCCCAACAGAGAACCGAAUGACGAAACCGUAAUACAUCCUGGGUUCGUAGCUGAAUUUAAAAGCAGACGUCUGGCUAGAAAACGUCAGCGUAGCCGCCAAUUGUUCGUGGGAGACACUUCCUCUGACGAUGACUCGCUUUCCAAUGUUGAGUUAGUUGACCAGGAUAUUGAGAACAUGGCUGAGGCAUCAACACCAUCACCUAAAUAUCUGCAAGUAUCUCAAAUCGAAGCAGUCCAACCAUCUAGCGAAAAUGACAACACCACCGCUGCACUCCCAAGUUCUGAAAUAGAGCAUCAAAUAUCCGAAGUCCAACCAGUCGAGGCAUCCGACGAGAAUGAGAACAACCCCGCUGCAAUCCCAACUUCUUCAAUCCAACAUCAAAUAUCCGAAGUCCAACCAGUCGAGGCAUCCAACGAGAAUGAGAACACCACCGCUGCACUCCCAAUUUCUCCAACAGAGCAACCAUCAACACGAGCACCACAAGAUCUUCCAAUGGCACCUGUUGCUGACGUGAGCCCAGAAACAGCCGAUCCACCAAUCCAACCUCCGACAACAAUCAUAAACCAGCAACCAUCAACAUCUCAUGAAGGGUCCCAACCACCUGACGACACUCCAGAACGUUGGCAAUUAAACAGUAUAACAUACAUGACGAAGGUUGCCAAUCUCAUCAAAUACCAAUUCUAUAAAAAUCUCCAGAAGGGUCAUGUUCAUUCAUUUCUUGAACGUUGGCGGCAGGCGAAAUUGAAACGCGAUUUCCACGAAAUCGCAUUCUGGACGAAACCCGAUCCCGAAAUCGACGCGUGGAUGCUGGCAACAGGCAGACUCCGAGAAGUGUUCAACCUAGACACGUUCGUGGAGCAACAUCCAGACAUCGUUCCCCACCUGGAACAACUGAGAAAAACUUUGAACGUGAGGGUUUUAACAAGUCGUUGUCCUGUGGUUGAAGCGUUGAGGAAAAGAGAAAAUCCUGAUGAGCAACGAACAGAUGACGCUCCUCAACUGUCCUCCCAAACGUUUUGGACCACUAUUAAAAAAUGGUGGCGUUAA